AUGACCACACGAAGUGGACGAGCAUUAGUUAAGCUAGUGCCACAAAGCAAAGGUAGUGAAGGAAAAGGUAAAGCUUUGGAGAUUGAAGCUAGUAAAUCUAGUCGACCACAGGGCAUUCCAAAAUAUACCAAGUUUGUCAAAGAUAUUGUGGCCAACAAGAGCAAGUUAGCCGAAUUUGAAUUUGUGGCACUCACUGAAGAGUGUAGUUCAAGAAUCUUGAACAAAGUUAAACAUCCAACUAAACAAAAAGAUCCAGGUUGUUUCAUAGUACAAGUAACCAUUGGUAAGUACAGUAAAACAAGAGGUCUUUAUGAUCCAGCUAGGCCUGAUGGUAUUAUUGAGUAUGUUUUAGUUAAAGUGGGAUCCCUCAUCUUUCCUAUUGAUUUUGUUGGAAUAGAUUUUGAGCCUGACCUAGAUAUUUCUUUUAUCUUGGGGCAUCUGUUCUUAGCAAUAGGUGGUGCACUUAUUGACAUGGCUGCAGCAAAAGAUCCUUUGGAAAGAGUCAAUAUGGGUCAAGAUAUUGAAGAGGACGUAGAAGUUAAAGAGUUAGCUAGUGUGCUUGACAUGCCAAAUGUCAACAUGUUGAGAAAGAAUAUGGAACCUUUGAACAUAGAAUUGGGUCCUUCACCUAAGUCAUCUCUGGAAGAAGCUCCUAACUUAAGUUGA